ACCCCCCCCCCCCCCAGCUGACCCCUGCCCUAGCUGAGCCCAGUUUUCCAAAGUCUUGGCCGACCCUUCACACUGACUGCCCCCACCCCCCCACCCAUGCAUGCUGACCCUUGGCCUCCUGCCUGACCCACUCAGGCUGACCUCUGACCCAUAACACUAACCCCCCCCUUUCCCUGACCUCCCAGCUGACCCCAGACCCCUUCUGCCCCCGCCAUGUUGACCCCACAGUCCCUGGGGUGAGGGUCCUGGGGGGCUGGGGGUCACUGCAUCCAUCCCUGUGUCCGUGCAGGGGGCUGGAGAGCCUGCAGGAGCUGGCCGGGACCUUCGCACUCUCGGGUCGCUCCAUCGGCGCCAUCCUGCUGCUCAUGUUCACCUGCCUCUUCAUCUUCUCCGUGCUGCUGCGUGACCUGUUCGCGCGCUCGGACCCCGAGCGCUUCGGGCACCUGCUGGACACUGUCUUCACCCUCUUCCAGCUCCUCACGCUGGACGACUGGAGCUUCAUCUACCGCGACAGCGCCCAGCAAGGUGCCUCCUACAUCAUCAUCUUCCUCAUGGCCUACAUCCUCAUCGAGUACUUCACCUUCCUCAACCUCGUCAUCGCCGUCCUGGUUGACAACUUCCAGAUGUCGCUGAUUCGGCGGCAGGAGCUGAAGAAGAGGACGCAGCGGCUGCAGCUCCAGGAGAGUGUCUCGGACCCGGGCCCCACAGGGAAGUUGCUUCCCCCCCCCUCGUCUGGGCGGGCAGAGCUGGGGGUUGGUGGCUGGGUCUCAGUCCCCUGCUGGGGUUAUGCCAGAGGUCCCAUGGGUGUCGUGGCCCCACAGUCCUGGACCCAGGCCUGGCUGAGGACGACAAGCGGCUGGCGCAGCUGGUGGAGCGGCUGGAGGGCAGCGAGAGGCAGAAGCAGCUGCUCCUGGGUCACCUCCGGCGCCUGGCCCAGGUCGAGCGGCUGCAGCAGGAGCUCCGGUCCCGGGCAGCCACGUCCGACCACAUCGUCGACACCUUCUUCGAGACGGCCGAGCAGGACUUCCUGCGCCACUGAAGGCCCCGGGUGCCAGGACGACCCGACAAUAAAGGGCUACAGAGGACUCCCUCCCGCCUGGCGACUGGGCUGUGCCUGGGGUCCGGCCGUCUGGGGGCAGCGGAGGUGA